AUGAUUCAAGUUAUUCAAAAAUUGAAUUAUUUUAUUAAUGUUCUUGAACUAUUGCAAAAAACUUCACAAUCAUCAUUUUUGUUGGGCAGAAGAUCAUUUUCUAUAAUUGAUAUUUCAGCUUUCGUAGAAGAAAGGAGUUCUAAAGUUUUAGAGAAUGAUAAAGAUUCAUCAAUAAUAUCAAACACAAAUAAAGAUACAAAAGUUAAUUUUGAACGAUUACUUUCGACAACAUUAUUUUCUAUAAAAUCAGUAAAACACUUAACUAUUUUAAAUCAACGUUCAAUGUACAAAAGAGCAAGCGAACAUGAACUUGAAACACAUGCUUUAGCAGCAUUAGAACCAGUUGUAUAUGAUUUAUUUCUUGUUGAAACCUUACUUGAACUUGUUCGAUAUAAUAAAGUAAUGUGA